AUGGCAACAACCACCCUCUCGAGCGCUCCAAAGUCGCAGAUACCCAACCCAUUCCAUAUGGUCUCUCUUCAGCGUGGUAACACGAGGCGUGACCCGCCACCGAAGGCGCUGCCCCGUACUCCAGAGUCAUCCUCGUCGUCAUAUGUCUCUGCUCAAGACAUGCCUGAGACCACACAUAUGACUUUCAAGCGACUCCGAUCAUCAUUGGAGCAGAGUUUGAAGACCGCCACACGCUCCAGGGCGAAAUUCCUACCACCUGUUGAUGACUUUGCGACCAUCACCGAGAUGGGUAAAGGCAAGGAGAAAGCACCUGAAGAACACGUUGCUGUGAAAGGGCAGGAGAAGGAUAAGAUCAAGUUCGGCAUGCUGAGGCGAUUGGAAUCAAGGGUAGGACUUCACAGGGCUGCACGGGUAUCGACAUCGACAUCGAUCCCCCAUGACGCAAGUCACACCAACGCGACUGGAGCGCAUGCUGUCAAUAACGCGGAUGUAGUCACCCAGUCACGCCAGGCUGGAUUCACGAGUUUUGCUACCCCGUCCCUGCGGCAGGCAUCUGUGUCUUCGCCUGCUCUCCAUCUCUCUUCCCAAAAUUUGACGUCGCAUCCGUCGCAGCCUGGAGCUAUGGCGCCACCAACAAAUGCAGGCACUGUCACACCUGCACGCGAUCGCCCGCGGCGCGCGAGUGAUCGCGCCAUGACCACCGCAGUGGCGCUUGCAAUGCCUGACCGCUCUGGUGCGGCCUCCCCACGGGCAAGUAAAUCUCGUCCACCUCCAAUAUUCUCUACCCCCAGGGGACGUUCGUCAUUGGACACACCUAGGCUGAGCCAUGAUUCGCCAAGUCCGCCCGACACCCCGAAACCCCUGUCCAACUCCCGAAGGCAGAUGGGCGACCUGUCCAGAACGCCUGUGGCUGCGGGUGCAACUCACCUGCCCCAUGGCGGCAGCCCACCUUCCUCUCCUCCUCCGAACCGUGCAAUGAGUUCACGAGCAAGGACCCCUCCCAAGGUCGUGACUCCCGCAUCAUAUCAGGGGCUUACUUCUGCAUCUGCAUCUGAUCUUCCCUUAAACUCCUACAGUCCACCAACGUCAUCAUCAACUCCAGCCCGCAGGCCUUCUGUAGAUGCACCAAGGAGACCCUCAGUCGAUGCGCCACGGAGAGGUCCUAUUGAUGUCCCGCAGAGGCCCUCUUUUGAUACCCCCCGAAGACCGUCUGCAGAAGUGAUGCGAAAGGCAUCUGGUGAAACCUCUCGGAGAGCCUCCGUUGAAGUGCAGCGGCGAACCACGGCCUCCCUUGUGCCUAGAGCAUGUUCCCCUCAGUCCACCGUGCGUCCACGUGCAACGUCACCUUCUCAGCGCACGCUUGCAAACGCCCAGAAUCGGCAUUUCAAUAUCUCCACUACUUCCCUUAUCUCUCCCUCCACUCCAGAGCAGCGUGAGGUUAUCCGCGCUGCAACGUCCCUUCUGUGUAAAGAAUUGAGGAAGGCGCCACCGCAUCUUGCACGCAGUGAUACGCAGAAGGAGUGGGCGGAAGUAGAGGUGCGCUUGCAGCCCUUAAUCAGGCUUGAACGCGUUUGGGGGAAGAGUGGCGGUGCUAGCGCUAGCCAGGUUGCCGCGGGCGGUGUUGGUUCCAUCGUGCUUAACCCUGCUGGGGAGGAAAGAGAGAGAAAGCUCUUCUGCGAGGCUCUUCGUGACGGCGUUGUUCUCUGCCAGUUGAUGAACAAGCACUGUCCUGGGACCAUAACUCGCAUCGACUACCGUGAAGAUGGUUUCAAGCACACCAGCAACAUCACUAGGUUCAUUGCUGCGUGCUCGCAACACAACGUCCCUUCCGACGACAUCUUCUAUCGUGACGAUCUCAUCCAGGCGACUCCAGAAACCCUUUGCCGCGUGGCACGUACUAUCAUUUCGUCGAUCAAGCUUUUUGAAAACCCUGGAGUCGACCGUGUCAAGGUCAUUACCGGUCAAGGCAAGAAGGGUGCCAUCAUGGCUUCAAGUAACGGCCCCUACUCUCCGGCAUCUUCUCGCGCUGCUUCUUCCACGCCAAAUCUGCGGCCACGAUCGGUCUCUCCUAUUUCUCCUUCCGUGCGCUCUGAUAGUCCCCAGUCGGGAACAUCUGCUGGUACAGCUAAGGGAGUUUCAACCGUAGAUGGAAGCACAACACCGGCCAGCAAUAGCGAUCAUGAAGCCGACGAGGUCCCUUCUAUAACACGUCCAUCUCAAAACCCUAGAUCUCCCUUUCAUGCGCACUCCCAAACUGGACUUCCAGAUGAUAAUAGCGUUAGCCCCCUCUCCAGCCUUCAACCACUUGAGAUUCCCUUUCCUCAAGACCCGAUAUCGCAAGUGUCCAGUCCGUCGACGACGGGCUAUGAUGCCGACUAUCCACCACGACAGUCAAGAACGUCGAGCAAUCUCACAGAAAACACCAACUUCUCCAGCAUCUUUGACAUCAGACGGGCGAGCAGCACUAACCAGAACAAGUUUGGGACCAUCAGGACUUUCACAACAGACGCAACCUCUUGCUCUGAGGUGCCCUCGUUCACUCAGACGGAGGCCAGCUCGGUUGCAGCCUCCAUGGCAGAAGAGAUGAGCAGGAGGCGGGGUAGUGGAGAACCUACAUCUCGGUUGAGAGAGCGACACCCGAGCGAGCCAGGUGUACCUGAUCUGGUUAGCCUUGCAGAGGAAGAGGAGAACAGUAAUAGUGCCUGUGGGUCGAGCUUCAAGGACCACAAGAGUGAGAGUUUACGGCCGAGAGAACCCUUGCAAGAGCGGGAAACAGAAGCGCAGAGCCGUGUGCGGCUCGGUAAGGGCAAAUGGCCCGACGAUUUUCUGGACGCUUUCCAGGCGCAAGCUCCAAACCCAUCUCGUCCAAUUCCGAUUGCAACAUCGUCAAAGCACGUUGAUACAUCUCUCAGUUCCAGUCCUCUGUCAGUAUCCCAGACCAGAAAGCUUUCCAUUGUUGGGACAUCACGACACAGUGAUAGUGUGGAGUCCACAGCCAGAAGGCCAGUUCAUCGGUCAAACCAUAGCGCGGACUGUCCCACAGAUCCUGAAGCCGAAGAAUUCAGUACUCCAGUACACGGAAUGGUGCUCGCAGAAACGGGGCCUACUAUCCUCGGAAUAGCCUCGAAGAUCCUGGGACAGGAAAAGAUGACGAUCCUCAUAGUCGUCCCCUUCCCGCGUGCCGUGUCGGGGGAACAUAGUGCUCGUGCUACUCCGUCUCCCGAUUCUCCUGUCAGGAACAAUAUCACAAAGAACCAGGAUGCUCCCCGUGUGCGUGGUCGCUUCCAGAGUGACGUUGAAGAUCCCCGAGCUCGAAGAUGCAGUCGCCCGACUUCGUACGAUGAGUUGGGCAGACCCCAGAGGUCUCGAUACGAAAGCAUGGUCAAUUUGGGGGUGGCAUCUACAAAUGCAAGUGCGAGCGAUUUGCUAUCAAGGGACUCCGGGGAUGGAGGCGCCGUACGGCAGAGUGUAAUAGUCAAGGAAGAAGGGAAGCCAGCGACUCACUUCCAACUCGGAAAUUGCAUCGGCCGCGGACAGUUCGGCACAGUGUAUCGGGCUCUGAAUUUGACAACCGGACAAAUGGUGGCAGUUAAACGAAUCCGAUUAGAAGGCCUGAAAGAGGACGAAGUCGCCCAGCUUAUGAGGGAGGUAGACUUUAUGAAAAGACUUUCACACCCAAGCAUUGUCAAGUAUGAAGGAAUGGCUCGAGAUGAACAAUAUCUCAACAUCGUUCUCGAGUAUGCUGAGAGUGGCUCGUUGGGCCAGAUGCUGAAAGCCUUCGGCAAGUUGAACGAGCAUCUAGUGGCGAGCUAUGUUGUCAAGAUUCUUGAAGGCUUGCAUUACUUGCAUCGCUGCGAUGUUGUCCACUGCGAUUUGAAAGCGGCGAACAUCCUCACCACAAAGACGGGGAAUAUUAAACUUUCGGAUUUCGGUGUUUCCUUGAACCUGAAGGCUAUAGAGCGAGAGAAGGAUGUCGCUGGCACACCGAACUGGAUGGCUCCAGAGGUCAUCGAGCUCAAAGGGGCUUCAACGAAGUCUGACAUUUGGUCGUUGGGAUGCACAGUUGUUGAACUUCUUACUGGACGUCCGCCAUUUGGGGAUAUCACCAACACCAUGACAGUCAUGUUCCGCAUUGUCGAGGACGAGAUGCCAAUACCUGAAGAAUGCUCGGAACCGUUGAAGGACUUUCUUCAGCAAUGCUUCCAGAAGGAACCCUUGAUGCGACCUGAUGCUGAGCGAUUGUGCGAGCACCCCUGGUUGAAGAAAAAUUGGGAUGCGCUCAAGGAGCUUCGUCCCCAGGAUAGCAUACCUUUUCUUCGGCGUGUCAGCACUGAUCUUCAAAAGAUUGAUAUUGCAUACCUUGCGUCAAUGGAUGCAAACAGGAUCGAUUCUCCCGUCUCGGUGGCUUCGGUUCAAGAGGAGUCAUCAAAGUCUCCAAGAUGUAGAUUAUCCAGUGGGCCAACUUCGCCAAUGUCUCUUCCGGAGGAGACUCUAUUCACACCUAGGGAUCACUCCUUCAUCAGGACCGCCUUUGGGAAACCCAUGGUCUGCAGAGUGUGUAUGGGAAGCAUCAAAAGGAGCGCCGUCAUUUGUGACAAGUGUAAUCUUAUCACUCACUCAAUGUGUGCUCCUGAAGCUCCUCCCACAUGCGACCUCCGCGCUCAACUGUUGCUUUAUGCACAGUACGCUGAGCAAGGAGGCCACGCUGGUAUCUCACUCGACGGAUUGAAUGGUUUGCAUCCUCCUCGUUCAUCAAUAAAUGUUCCUUCCGAAGUGUCCUUCGCUACGCCUUCUCCACGACCAAGCUUGGACUUCACGCCCUCACAAUCGCCCUCACCCACUUCACCCAUUGCCUACAAGUUCCUGAAUCCUUUCAAACGUUCCCGUUCUUCCCUAGCAACAGAGAACAGACCACCCCCUUCCACGUCGCCGUCACCAAUCCCUCAGCCUCUGUCUCACGAUGAUGUCACUCCCAAGCGAAAACCCUCUAAGCUCCAGCCGAAUAUGAUAUCCAACGAGCGACCGCAUUCUUUGUCAAGCAAUAGUACAGCCCCUAAUGCUAGUAGCACGUGGACAGCUGACAGUCAGUCCAGCCGACAAGACCCGGGCCGUAAAUCAGUCCUUUCCACAGUUGAGCCCGAUACAGACACCAUACCACAACGUCCGCCAGUUCCUGACAAGAAACCCAUGCCUGUUCAUGUCGUGACCUGCCACUACCAAUGA